CGUCUCCAAAAUCUCUCGCCUGUCGGCGGGGCUCCACGCCCUCCCAGGCAACCUCCUGCCUUAUUUUUAGCUUAUUUGUGCACUUGCCAUGGCACGGAGGGCUUCAGCCUUUGCAGUUGGGAAGUAAACGAGACUCUGGCAGCAUGUAAACAACCUUUUGCCAAGAACCCAGGUCACCACUGAGCAGGGGGCCUUGAGGGAGAAGAGUAUCAGGAGGACACCAAUGCCAGGCGCGUCCGGUAUUACACUCACUGCAAGCAGCAUGCCGCACUUCAUGCCAGCCCCUGUGUCCUGGCAAAGGCUGGGGCUCUCCAGGUAGGAGGGUCCUGGGGCAGCAGCACCAGGAGCCUCUCAGGAAAGAAUGGGGCCAGAUACGAACUCUCUACAGUGAACAUAGUUUUCAGCUUAUGCAAGAAUUUUAAGAAAACAAUUAUUUAAUUUGCAUAUAAUCACUUCAGAAGCCUUCUGUGUGAUUGCCGGCAGUCAACCCCCCUACAGGAGUUAUCAGGAAUUUUCUGGCACCCAGGUGAACUCUUCUUGGUACUUUUGGCAAUACAGAUCUGCUGGGCAGACUUAUCUGCUGAAUGCUCCGAGGCAGGAAAAAGAGUAAAACCUCUGGAAAGAGCGUCAGGAAAGCUGAACAGAGACCCCCUGUCUCGCCUCCCACUUGCACAGAAACUCAGCCUGGGCUUGGAUGCUGUUACCUGAAGACUCCUGCAGUGUUCACCACAAAGUCCAUCUGUUCUGGGGAGAUAGGUGUUUUGGGGCUGCCUCUUGUGGCCCUUUUCUCUUGUCAUUCUACCCCCAUGCCUUCUAUGCAGGCAGUUGAAUGACGUGAACUUUAGGAUGGAGUUUGGUACCCGUGAAAGACUGACUUCCUUUCCUAGGCUGGUGCUGUUGGAAAGGGCCACCUGAAGGCUGUGUUUGUGUGUGGGAAGAAAGGCACUGCCUGGCUGGGAUCCUCCACCAUGUUCCUGUUGCUGCCUUUUGAUAGCCUGAUUGUCAACCUUCUGGGCAUCUCCCUGACCGUCCUCUUCACUCUCCUGCUUGUUUUCAUCAUAGUCCCUGCCAUUUUUGGAGUGUCCUUUGGUAUCCGAAAGCUCUACAUGAAAACAUUGUUAAAAAUCUUUGCGUGGGCUACCUUGAGGAUGGAAAGAGGAGCCAAGGAGAAGAACCACCAGCUUUACAAGCCUUACACCAAUGGAAUCAUUGCAAAAGAUCCCACUUCACUAGAAGAAGAAAUCAAAGAAAUUCGUCGAAGUGGUAGUAGUAAGGCUCUGGAUAAUACUCCAGAGUUUGAGCUCUCUGACAUUUUCUACUUUUGCCGGAAAGGAAUGGAGACCAUUAUGGAUGAUGAGGUGACAAAGAGAUUCUCAGCAGAAGAACUGGAAUCCUGGAACCUACUCAGCAGAACCAAUUACAACUUCCAGUACAUCAGCCUUCGGCUAACUGUCUUGUGGGGGUUAGGAGUGCUGAUUCGGUACUGUUUCCUUCUCCCACUCAGGAUAGCUCUGGCAUUCACAGGGAUUAGCCUUCUGGUGGUGGGCACAACCUUGGUGGGAUACUUGCCGAACGGGAGGUUUAAGGAGUUUUUGAGUAAACACGUUCACCUAAUGUGUUACCGGAUUUGUGUGCGAGCCCUGACCGCCAUCAUUACCUACCAUGACAGGAAGAACAGACCAAGAAAUGGUGGCAUCUGUGUGGCUAACCAUACAUCUCCUAUUGACGUUAUCAUUUUAGCCAGUGACGGCUAUUACGCCAUGGUGGGUCAAGUGCAUGGAGGACUCAUGGGUGUGAUUCAGAGAGCCAUGGUGAAGGCCUGCCCCCACGUCUGGUUUGAGCGGUCUGAAGUGAAAGACCGCCACCUGGUGGCUAAGAGACUGACUGAACAUGUGCAAGAUAAAAGCAAGCUGCCUAUCCUCAUCUUUCCAGAAGGUACCUGCAUCAAUAACACAUCAGUGAUGAUGUUUAAAAAGGGAAGUUUUGAAAUUGGAGCCACAGUUUAUCCAGUUGCUAUCAAGUACGACCCUCAGUUCGGCGACGCCUUCUGGAACAGCAGCAAGUAUGGGAUGGUGACAUACCUGCUGAGGAUGAUGACCAGCUGGGCCAUCGUCUGCAGUGUCUGGUACCUGCCUCCCAUGACCAGAGAGAAAGAUGAAGAUGCUGUCCAGUUUGCAAACAGGGUGAAGUCUGCCAUUGCCAGGCAGGGAGGGCUGGUGGACCUGCUGUGGGAUGGCGGACUGAAGAGGGAGAAAGUGAAGGAUACGUUCAAAGAGGAGCAGCAGAAGCUAUACAGCAAGAUGAUUGUGGGGAACCAUGAGGACCGGAGCCGCUCCUGAAGCCAAGGGUGAGCUGGCCGGAAUGACCUGCCUGAAUCCCGGCACACGAGCCAGCUGGAGCUGUUGCCGCUGCUACCACCACCACCCCUGCUGCCACAUCCUUCCAGACUCAGGGCCAGACUGCUCUGGACGCCAACAGCCGGGCCUCAGAGCUGCGCAGAUCCUUGCACUCGGGCCAGUGCAGCCUGCCCUUGCCAUCGGCAGCAAGUGCUGCUGGGUGUCACUGCCCAGGACGAGAUGCCUUCUGGUUCCUUUUACAAUACGGCCUUUGGAGGAAUGCCAUGGAAGUCUGCUCUCCAUCCAAGUGUGUCGCGUGGGGCUGAGCGGUGUGAGGAUCAGCACACUCCCUGUUAGGAUUCCCUAGUCCUGGGCCUGUGUGGGGAAGGCUGCCCCACUCUAGGAGAGGUGCUGCCCAGGGUCUGGCCCAGCCUUGGAGCUCUGUAGACCUGAUGAAGAGAGAACUGUGGUAUGCAGGGCAUUCAGAAAGAGAAAUUUGAAAUUCUUGUGCUGUUCAUUGUUAAGAAGUCAGCAGACGGGCUAGGAGGGGCCAGCAGGCCACCAGGUGGUCUGUGGUGAGAGCCAGGAAUUAUUUCAUGUUCAAACUCCAGGCUGAGCCUGAAUUUCCUGUGUGAUGUGCUCUUUGUUUAAUUGUGCCUCGGUUUCCCCAUCUGUAACAUGACUCAGGCAGAGGGGUGGUGACUCCUAUCUCACAGGGUUGUUGUGGGGUCUCAGUGCUGCAUGAGUGAAGAACACAUCAUGUGCAGUGUCACAAGUUCCAGGUUGGCAGACUGCAGGGCGUGGUCUGCUCUCAGCUGUGCACAGGGCUUUGGACUUGUGAGUAAAUAAAACAUGGCCUAGCCCCACACAUGUUUCUUCUGCUUGGCUUCUGCAGUGAGCCUCGUGUCACUCAGGAGGCAGGCUUCUCCCAGCAGACACUGGCACAGCUCUGGAGUCUGCAGACUACAGGCGAGGGAGGGCCGAGAGUCCCUGAGGUGGGGUGGGAGAGGGGUGGGGCAGCGGGAGCUCUGAGCAGACACAGGAGGCAGCGGAGGAGCAGAGGUCCAGGAGAGGGGUGGCUGAGAACCAGAGAGGCAGGGUAGUGGCAACCGAGCUUCCCCACAGCCAGAAGGUAAACUGCCAGCCUCAUAGGCCACCUCAGUCACCGUGAGUGCAGAUCCAAAGCCAGGCCACUCUGGGGGUUUCGUGCUGUGGGGUCCAAUUUCUGAUCCUCAUGAGAGGAUUUCCUCAGCCCAUUUGUCCCCUGCCCACCUCUCGCUUCUUGUGGCAAGCUUGAUACCCUUCAGGACUCUGUACCUUCCGCAUCUGGGGUGAGGGAUGUGUUGGGAAUGAGGCCCGGCUUUAAGGCUGCAAACCCAUGUCACCAUCAUGCUCAAGGAUCUGCCCUGUGUGAGCCUGGUGUCACUUGCCCGCACUGCCUCCUGCCACCUCUUCACAGAGCCAGCUGUGUCCUCCUGCUGCCCCAGUGCUAGCCAGUGGAAAACUUCUCGCAAUAAAAACACUCCUGACUGUAAGAACAGCCUCUUCUGUUUUGUGGAAUGUUAAUAAAAAGCAGCUUUCAGCUUCA